AUGGAUAUAGAUCACAACUGCCCUAAUUGCAAAACUGAACCUGAGACUAUUAUGCAUGCUAUUUGGUUUUGCAAAAGAGCUAAGGAUGUAUGGAAUAUUUGGUCUCCUGCCAAGAACAUAUCGCCAGACAAUACCUGGACUUCGAAAGAUCUGCUACUUCAGGCUUAUACCCUAUUGAAUAAGCAUGACCUUAGUAUUUUUCUGACUUUGAUUUGGCUGAUCUGGAAUAACAGAAAUUGUAUGAUUUUUGGCAGACAUGUCAAGGCAUCAGCUCAACUCCCAGAUUGGGCUUUGGGGAGAACUGGUGCUACUGAUCAGAGAUGGAUUCCACCUAGGAAUGAUUGUUACAUUGUGAAUGUGGAUGCUGGUUUCGAUGAAGAACAUGGAAGUGCAGAUGUGAGUAUUGGGGAAGCAGUGGCGAUUAGAGAUGGUGUUUCCCUGGCUUUAGAAGCUAAUUUUACUCCCUUCAUCAUCAGAAGUGAUGCUAAGGUUGUAGUAGACUACUUCAACAGCAACAUAAAGUCAUGGAAUGAGGUUGCUCUGUUAGCUGCAGAUUGUUCUCUUCUUGGCAAUAAUAAUCAAUGUUUAGGUUAUCACUUUGUUAGCAGGAAUGUAAACAGGGUCGCUCACAUGUUAGCUAGAAAGGCUUUAGUUGAGAAUUGCAGUGAACAUAUUUGGGUGGAGUCUGUUCCAUCUGAUAUUUCUCAUAUUGUAAUGGCUGAUAUCAGCUUCAUUUUCUAUUAA